AUGUCUAUGCACACCACCCUCCGCCGCACCGCCGCCACAUUACCCAGCUCAACAAACACCAUCCUCCCCUCCAGCCAAAUCAUUACCUCCCAAUCCAAGAGCACAACUUUUGUCUGCUCUCAAUGCCGCCACGCCACUCUUCUCCGCCGCCCUAAGCGUCCCUACACCUUCACUCAGCUCAUCACCCUCUCCGACGGUAGCGCUUUCACACACCGCACCAGUUCUCCUGCCCCCGUGUACCGCUCUACGCGUGAUACCCGUAACUCACUUCUAUGGAACCCGUCCAGCAGCAAGCUGAUGAACGUGGAAGACGAUGAGGCUGGUCGAUUGGCGGCUUUCCGUGCGCGUUUUGGUCGUAGUUUUGAUGCUAGUGUCCCUGCUGCGGAGACUGACCCUGAUGCGAAGAAGGCUGCGGCGGAGGCUGCUAAGGCUCAGGAGUUGGCGGACCAGGAGGAGGAGGAUAACCUUUUGGAUUUGAUUAGUGCUUUUGGUCAACAGGAGGCGCCUCUCACAGAGAAGGAGAAGGAUAAGAAGAAGAAAUGA